AUUAAUAAUAAGAUGAUGAGUAGGUACUUAAAUAUUUUAUAUUUUUAUAAACAAAAACUUAAAAUUAUUAUAAUGAUUAAAUAAUGAUCAAGUGUAAUGUUUAUUGCCUACAAAUAGAGAUCCUACUCAUACAACAAGUCCUACAAAUCAGAAAAACAACUCAUUCUUACACAACUUCAAAAACCAUACAUAAACCUCUUCCAUUCACCCACCUUUUCUAAUCUUCUGAAAACAAAUCAAAAUGGCCCUGAAAAAAUCCAAGCAAGAUCACGGAGGAGCUGCUAAGAAGCGAGUAGCCGCGAUUUUUGGUGUCACGGGGCUAGUAGGGAGAGAGCUUGCUCGGAGGCUAAGCUCGAAGUACUCGUGGAAAGUAUAUGGCAUAGCGCGAAGAGAGGAGCAAAUAAGCUCUUUAAAAAACGGCAGUAAUGAUUACAACUUCAUUUCCUGUGAUCUUCUGUGUCCUUUGGAUACACAAAAGAAGCUGUCUUGUUUAGAAGAUGUGACUCACAUUUUCUGGGUUACUUGGGCUAAUCAGUUCCCCCUUGAUAGCCCAGAAUGCUGUGACCAAAACAAAGAGAUGUUGUCGAAUGCGUUGGAUGCAAUGCUACCGAAAGCCAAGUCCUUAAAACACGUUUCUCUUCAGACAGGUAUGAAGCAUUAUGUUUCAUUGAGAGGUCCAAAUAGUUUAAGAGAUGUUGAUAUCGCGGUAUAUGAUGAGGAUUGUCCUAGAGCUUCUAUAGGGAAUAACUUCUAUUAUGUACUAGAAGAUUUGCUUGAGGAGAGGCUUGCUGUUAAUAAGGUAGCAUGGUCGGUCCAAAGGCCUGGUUUGAUUACAGGGUAUUCAAGCAGGACAUUUUAUAAUUUUAUGGGUUGUCUUGCUGUUUAUGGAAGUAUUUGUAAGCAAUUGAAUCUUCCUUUUGUGUUUGGAGGAUCAAGGGAGUGUUGGGAAGAGGCAUGUAUUGAUAUCUCGGAUGCUCGGCUAGUUGCUGAGCAACACAUUUGGGCUUCUACUGAUGAUCAAGUAUCCUCAAGCAGUGGCCAAGCCUUCAAUGCCAUUAACGGGGUUUGUUUCACAUGGAAAGAGAUAUGGCCGGUGAUAGGGAAAAAGUUCGGCCUAGAAGUUCCUGAAAACAUGUUUUCCAACGAUUUUCUAUAUUCCAAGGCUAUGGCAGACAAGGCUGGAGUUUGGAGAGAGAUUGUGGAGAAGAAAGGUUUGGUGGAGACAGAGAUGGAAGAAUUGGCUAACUGGCCAUUUUUGGACAUCCUGUUUCGAUCCCCCAUGAAGUUACUAGGAACGCGAGCGAAAGCUGAUCGCCUGGGUUUCAAAACGAGGUAUACAGCGUCAGAAUCAAUUUCGUAUUGGAUAGAUAACAUGAGAGAUGAAAAAUUGAUACCUUAAGGCAGAGCCCGAAAUGUAGCCAAACUUUGCAUAUAGAAAAGAAACAGAAUUGUACGUAUUUACAGCAGUAAUGUGUAAUAAGUUUCCUGCAAAUUCCAUAUCCUGCAUUAAUAUUCUAAAUAAAUCCUGAUUUCAGCA